CGUAAAAUGACCUCUUACUUACCUCAUGAGGAGUUUGAUACUAAGGUUUAUGAUUAUGAUGAAACUCCAGAAAAUAAAUCUUGGGCUUCAACUUUACCAGUGAAACAAGGUUUAUACGAUCCUGAAUAUGAAAAAGAUGCUUGUGGGGUUGGUUUCACUUGUCAUAUUAAAGGUCAAGCCUCUCAUAAAAUAGUGUCUGAUUGUCGUAACUUACUUUGUAAUAUGACCCAUAGAGGUGGGGAAUUGAAUCCAAAAGAUGGUGAUGGUGCUGGUUUAUUGAGUUCUUUACCUCAUAAAUUUUUAUGUCGUGAAUUUAAAUACCAUUGUAAUAUUGAUUUACCAAAUUUAGGUCAAUAUGGUACUGGUAAUAUUUUUUUCAAAAAAGAUGAUUCAGUUUUUGAAAAAUCAAAAUUAACUUUUGAAAAUAUCGCUAAAUCUUUAGGUUUAUCAGUUUUAGGUUGGAGAAAAGUUCCUCAUGAUUCGUCUCUUUUGGGUCCAGCUUCUCUUUCAAGAGAACCUUAUAUUUUACAACCAGCAAUUGUUUUAACUGAAGCUUAUAAUCAAUCAAUUUCUGAUGACGAAUUCACUGAAAAAUAUCAAAAAAUUUUUGAAAAAAAUCUAUUUAUUUUACGUAAACAAUCUUCUCAUACAAUUGGUUUACAUAAUUGGUUUUACAUUUGUUCGCUUUCUUCCAAAACAAUUGUUUAUAAAGGUCAAUUGGCUCCAAAUCAAGUUUAUGCAUAUUAUCAUGAUUUAGUUAAUGCUGAUUAUGAGGCUCAUUUUGCUUUAGUUCAUUCUCGUUUUUCAACUAAUACUUUCCCUUCUUGGGAUCGUGCUCAACCUUUAAGAUGGGUUGCUCAUAAUGGUGAAAUUAAUACUUUAAGAGGUAAUAAAAAUUGGAUGAGAGCUAAAGAAGGUAUCAUGUCUUCAGAAAUUUUUGGUGAUGAUUUAGAUAAAUUAUUCCCAAUUAUUGAAGAAGGAGGUUCGGAUUCUGCUGCCUUUGAUAACGUUUUAGAAUUAUUGGUUAUUAAUGGGGUUUUGUCUUUACCAGAAGCAGUUAUGUUAUUGAUUCCUGAAGCUUGGCAAAAUGAUGAACAUAUCGAUAAAAAAAAGAGAGCUUUUUAUGAAUGGGCUGCUUGUUUAAUGGAACCUUGGGAUGGUCCUGCUUUAUUCACUUUUGCCGAUGACCGUUAUUGUGGUGCUAAUUUAGAUCGUAAUGGUUUAAGACCUUGUCGUUAUUAUGUUACUGAUGAUGACCGUAUGAUUUGUGCUUCUGAAGUUGGGGUUAUUGAUGUUGAACCAGAAAAAAUUUUACAAAAAGGUCGUUUACAACCGGGGAAAAUGUUAUUAGUUGAUACUAAAGAAGGUCGUAUUGUUGAUGAUCGUGAAUUGAAAAAUAAUGUUGCUUCAAGAUUUGAUUUUAAAUCUUGGGUUAUGGCUAAUUUAAUUACUAUGGAUGAUUUAUACUCAAGAUUAUCUUCAAGAAAUUUUGAUUUAUCUUCUAAAAAAUUAGAAUUUUCUGACCUUGGUUUAAGUUCAACUGUUCAAACUGAUUCUCGUUUAGUUGCCUUUGGUUAUUCUCAUGAACAAAUUGCUACCAUUUUAGCUCCAAUGGCUGAAGCUAAAGAAGCUUUAGGUUCAAUGGGUAAUGAUAAUGCUUUGGCUUGUAUUUCUGAACAACCAAAAUUAUUAUAUGAUUAUUUCCGUCAACUUUUCGCUCAAGUUACUAAUCCGCCAAUUGAUCCAAUUAGAGAAGAAAUUAUUAUGUCUUUAGAUUGUUAUAUUGGUCCUCAAGGUAAUUUAUUAGAAAUGAAACCUGAUCAAUGUAAUCGUUUAUUAUUAAAAUCUCCAGUUUUAUCUUCAACCGAAUUAAUUGCAAUUAAAAAUAUGACUCAAGUUUUCCCUAAAUGGACAGUUUCAACUAUUGAUAUAACUUUUGAAAAACUGCAAGGUAUUCAAGGUUAUAUUAAUAAAAUUGAUACCAUUUGUCAAGCUGCUUCUGAAGCUAUUGCUAAUGAUAAUAAAAUUAUUAUUUUAAGUGAUGUUGAAACUAAUGAAUCAAGAUUACCAAUUUCUGCAUUGAUUGCAACUGGUGCGGUUCAUCAUCAUUUAGUUAGACAAAAACAACGUUCUAAAGUUGCUAUCAUUAUUCAAACUGCUGAAGCUAGAGAAGUUCAUCAUGCUUGUUGUCUUGUUGGUUAUGGUGCAGAUGCUAUUAAUCCAUAUUUAGCAAUUGAAACUUUAUUACGUAUGAAUGGGGAAAAUUUAUUAAAAAUUGAAUUAACUAAUGAUGAAAUUAUUAAAAAUUAUAAACAUGCCGUUGAUGCUGGUAUUUUAAAAGUUAUGUCAAAAAUGGGUAUUUCAACUUUAGCUUCUUAUAAAGGUGCUCAAAUUUUUGAAGCUUUGGGUGUUGAUAAUUCUGUCAUUGAUCGUUGUUUUGCUGGUACUGCUUCUAGAAUUAAAGGGGUUACUUUUGAAUAUAUUGCUCAAGAUGCUUUUUCAAUGCAUGAACGUGGUUAUCCUAGUCGUGAAACUAUUAAACCUACUGCAUUACCUGAAACUGGUGAAUAUCAUUGGAGAGAUGGUGGUGAUACUCAUAUUAAUGAUCCUGCAGCCAUUGCUUCAAUGAGAGAUGCAGUUAAAAAUAAAAAUGAACGUGCUUAUGAAGCUUAUUCUAAAAAAGAGUAUGAAGCUAUUAAAAAUUGUACUUUAAGAGGUUUACUUGAUUUUGACUAUGAAAAUUCUAAAUCAGUUCCCAUUGAUCAAGUUGAACCUUGGACUGAAAUUGUUCGUAGAUUUUUCACUGGUGCAAUGUCUUAUGGAUCUAUUUCAAUGGAAGCUCAUUCAACUUUAGCUGUUGCAAUGAAUAGAUUAGGUGGUAAAUCUAAUACUGGUGAAGGUGGUGAAGAUUCUGCUAGAUCUCAAGUUAAUGCUAAUGGUGAUACUAUGAGAUCUUCCAUUAAACAAAUUGCUUCUGGUAGAUUUGGUGUUACUUCCUAUUAUUUAGCCGAUUCUGAUGAAUUACAAAUUAAAAUGGCUCAAGGUGCUAAACCAGGUGAAGGUGGUGAAUUACCAGGUGAUAAAGUUUCUCCUCAAAUUGCUAAAACUAGACGUUCAACUGCUGGUGUUGGUUUAAUUUCUCCUCCUCCUCAUCAUGAUAUUUAUUCUAUUGAAGAUUUAAAACAAUUAUUAUACGAUUUGAAAUGUGCCAAUCCAAGAGCUAGAACUUCAGUUAAAUUAGUUUCUGAAGUUGGGGUUGGUAUUGUUGCUGCUGGGGUUGCUAAAGCUGGUUCUGAAAAUAUUUUAGUUUCUGGAGGUGAUGGUGGUACUGGUGCUGCUAAAUGGACUUCUAUUAAACAUGCUGGUUUACCUUGGGAAUUAGGUUUAGCUGAAUCUCAUCAAACUUUAGUUUUAAAUGAUUUAAGAGGUAGAGUCAUUUUACAAACUGAUGGUCAAAUUAAAACUGGUCGUGAUAUUGCAAUUGCUUGUUUAUUAGGUGCAGAAGAAUGGGGGUUUGCAACUGCUCCAUUAAUUGCUUUGGGUUGUAUUUUACUUCGUAAAUGUCAUUUAGGUACUUGCGCUGUUGGUAUUGCAACUCAAGACCCUGAAUUAAGAAAGAAAUUUGAAGGUACUCCAGAACACGUUAUUAAUUUCUUCUAUUAUAUGGCUAAUGAAUUAAGAGAAAUCAUGGCCAAAUUAGGUUUCCGUACUAUCAAUGAAAUGGUUGGUAGAACUGAAAAAUUGAAAGUUAGAGAAGAUUUGAGAAAUACUAAAAACGCUAAUCUUGAUUUAUCACCAAUUUUAACUCCAGCUCAUACUAUUAGACCUGGUGUCGAUACUCAUUGUGUUAGAAAACAAGAUCAUAAAUUACAUGUUAGAAUUGAUAAUAAAUUAAUUGAUGAAUCUGAAUUAACUUUAGCUAAAGGUUUGCCGGUUACUAUUGAUUGUGACGUUGUUAAUACUGAUCGUACUUUAGGUACUACAUUAUCAUAUCGUGUAUCUAAAACUUUUGGUGAACAAGGUUUACCUCAUGAUACUAUUCAUGUUAAUGUUAAAGGUUCUGCUGGUCAAUCUUUUGGUGCCUUUUUAGCUCCAGGUAUAACUUUGGAAUUAGAAGGUGAUGCUAAUGAUUAUAUUGGUAAAGGUUUAUCUGGUGGUAGAAUUAUUGUUUAUCCACCUCAAGAAUCUAAAUUUAAAGCAGAAGAUCAAAUUAUUGCUGGUAAUACUGCAUUUUUUGGUGCUACUUCUGGUGCUGCUUUUAUUAGAGGUAUUGCAGCUGAAAGAUUUGCGGUUAGAAAUUCUGGUGCUAACAUUGUUUGUGAAGGUACUGGUGAUCAUGGUUGUGAAUAUAUGUCUGGUGGUAGAGUAGUUGUUCUUGGAUCUACUGGUCGUAACUUUGCUUCAGGUAUGUGUGGUGGUAUUGCUUAUGUUUUUGAUUUAGCUCAAGAUUUUGGUGAAAAAGUUAAUGGUCAAAACGUUGAAUUAUCACCAGUUACUGAACCAACUGAGAUUGCAUUUUUGAGAGGUUUAAUUGAAGAUCAUCGUCAUUAUACUGGAUCUGAAGUUGCUGAUCGUAUCUUGAAUGAUUUUAAUAGAAUUUUACCUCGUUUCGUUAAAGUUUUACCUUAUGAUUAUAAGAAAGUUUUAGAAGCUGAAAAGAAAAAGCAAGAAGAAGUAAAAAAGAAUGAAUUAAAUACUUUCCUAAAAUCUAUUAAAGAAGAUCCAGAUGCUGAUGUCACCAAUGGUGAAGCUGCUAGAAUUAAACAAGGACACGUUCAUCGUCCAAGUAAAUCAUCAGUUUCUGCUAAAGAUGGACAAAAGGAACCAAAAGUAUUAGAUUUAGAAGACACUGUUACUGAUAUUGAUACUGAAAAGAAAGCUGUUGUUAAAUUAGAUAAAAUUAAAGGAUUCAUGAAGUACAAACGUAGAAAUGAAAAAUAUAGACCAGCUAAGGGUAGAACUAGUGAUUGGAAUGAAAUGACUUCAAGAUUAUCUAAAGAUGAAUUGAAACAUGAAACUGCUAGAUGUAUGGAUUGUGGUGUUCCAUUCUGUACUUCUGAUACUGGUUGUCCAAUCUCUAAUAUCAUUCCAAAAUGGAAUGAGUUAGUUUUCCAAGAUAGAUGGUACGACGCUUUACAAAGAUUAAUGAUGACCAAUAAUUUCCCAGAAUUUACUGGUAGAAUUUGUCCAGCUCCUUGUAAUGGUGCAUGUACCUUGGGUAUUAAUGAUGAUGCUGUCAAUAUUAAAUCAGUUGAAUGUGCUAUUAUUGACCAUGCUUUUGAACAAGGUUGGAUUAAACCAGAUCCACCAGCAGUUAGAACAGGUAAAUCUAUUGCUAUUAUUGGUUCAGGACCUUCAGGUUUAGCAGCAGCUGAUCAAUUAAAUAAAGCUGGUCAUUUUGUUAAAGUGUAUGAAAGAAGUGAUAGACCAGGUGGUUUAAUGAUGUAUGGUAUUCCAAAUAUGAAAUUAGAUAAGAAAAUUGUUAAACGUAGAACUGAUUUAUUAGCAGCUGAAGGUAUUGAAUUUAUUUGUUCUACUACAGUUGGUGAAGAUAUUACUGUUGAAGAAUUAGAAAAUGACCAUGAUGCAGUAAUUUUUGCAGUUGGUUCUACUAUUCCAAGAGAUUUAAGAAUCCCAGGUCGUGAAUUUAAUAAUAUUAAAUUUGCCAUGGAAUUAUUACAUUCUAAUACUAAAGCUUUAUUGGAUGAUCAAUUAGAAGAUAUUAAAAAGACUUUACAAGGUAAACAUGUUGUUGUUAUUGGUGGUGGUGAUACUGGUAAUGAUUGUUUAGGUACUUCUACAAGACAUGGAGCAAAAUCAGUUACUAAUUUUGAAUUAUUACCAAAUCCACCAACUACUAGACCAAAAGAUAAUCCAUGGCCACAAUGGCCAAGAAUUUUCCGUGUUGAUUAUGGACAUUCUGAAGUUACUGCUCAUUAUGGUAAAGAUCCAAGACAAUACUCUAUUUUAUCAAAAGAAUUUAUUGAUGAUGGUGAAGGUAAUGUUAAAGGUAUCAAAACCGUUAGAGUUGAAUGGAAACGUUCUGAUAGUGGAGCUUGGCAAAUGGCUGAAGUCCCAGGAUCUGAAGAAUUUUUCCCAGCUGAUGUUGUCUUAUUAUCAAUGGGUUUUGUUGGUCCAGAAGCUGAUAAUUUAAGUGUUUCUAAAACCAAGAGGGGUACCAUUGAAACCAUUGACCCAACUGGUUAUAAAGUUGGUCAAGGUAAAUUAUUUGCUGCUGGUGAUUGUAGAAGAGGACAAUCAUUAGUUGUUUGGGGUAUUCAAGAAGGUAGACAAUGUGCUAGAGAAGUUGAUAACUUUUUGAUGGGAUCCUCAAGAUUACCAGGUAAUGGUUCAAUUGAACAACGUAACUUUAAAUUAUUAGAAGAAUUAGCCGAAAAGGUUUAA